AUGAGGGCGGGCCGAGCCCCGCACCGCACUGACCCCCGAGCUGCCCUGGCUCGCUGCCCCCGGCAGCGCGGGCGGGUCCCGCCGCCCCUGGCGGAGCCCACCGGGGCUGGGCCAGCCGGCCACGGGCAGGGCGGACACACGGACAAAAAGGAACACAGAACAGAUGAAAAAGCGCACACACCACCACCCUCCUCGCUCCCCCAGUACUCACAAGCGAACACCAACCAAAUCCGUCCGCAAAAGGCGCCUCCUCAUCAGCCCGCUCCCGGCGCGGGAGACCUGCGGGGCAUUCCCCCGCUGCGGGGCGCGCCUGCCGGGGCCCCGCCGCCCUCCUCCUCCCUGCCCAGGGCGGCACUCACCUCGGGGGAACGAGGCCAGGCUGAGGGGCCGCCUCUCUGCCGGUGCCGGGCAGCGGCGGCGCGGCGGGGCGAGGCACACUUCCACUUUCUCUGGGGGUCUUUCUUUGCCGUGCCGUGCCGAGCCGUGCGGAGCCGCGCCGCCUCUGCCUCCCCCGGCACUCCUCCCCGCCCGCCCCUCGCCGCCGCCUCCCCGCGAAGCGAAGGAAGGAAGGGAUGCGAAGCGGUGCCCAGCUGCCGGGCCGGCCGGGGGCGGCUCUCCCGGCACCGCCCCGCCUCGCUACCUGCCGGGGCGGCCCGGGGGCCACGGGGCGGUUCAGAGCAGACACCCCGCAGCCCAGCAGCCACCCCGCCGAACCCCUCUUGCAUCCCUCUGCCUCCCUUUGCAGUACUCACCUGCCAUGCUCGGGGCUCACUGGUCCCCGCCGCAAAGGGCUGCUGCUUUUUCGGGGCUUGA